GUCCUUGCCUGCUGCGGGCACCGGCGGGCGGCGCGGCGCUUGUGGCCGCGAUGCUGAAGGGCUGCGCGCCCCCUCACACGCGGCAGCAGGCUCCAGCCCUGGGGAGCAGCCACCCCGCCUGCUGAAGACUGAAACUUUGCGUAGUCGCCGCUCCCUCUCCUCCCUCUUCCUCUCGCCCUUCUCCAUGCUCUGAGCGGCUGUGGGGCGCCCGCUCGGCCCCAUGGACGCCUUCAGCUCUGCCAAGGCCAAGAUGGGGGCGAAGAGCGGCGGCGAGGCGGUGGCGGCGGGAGUGGCCGCGCCUCAGCCCGCCGUGCCGGCCCCCAGCCCCGCCAGUCCCGGUUCGCCCGCCGCGCUAGAGCCCGCUGCCUACAAGCUGGAGGACCUGGAGACCCUGGCCACCGUGGGCACAGGUACCUUUGGACGUGUUCAUCUGGUGAAGGAAAAAAUGGCCAAGCGUUACUUUGCACUGAAAGUAAUGAGCAUUCCUGAUGUCAUUCGACUGAAGCAAGAGCAACACGUGCACAAUGAAAAGUCUGUCUUGAAAGAAGUCAACCACCCUUUUUUGAUCAGAUUAUUUUGGACCAACCACGAUGAACGUUUUUUAUAUAUGCUAAUGGAAUAUGUGCCAGGAGGGGAACUUUUUAGUUACCUGCGCAACAUGGGGCGUUUCAACAACAGCACAGGACUGUUUUACUCAACGGAAAUCAUUUGUGCAAUAGAAUACCUGCACUCCAAAGAAAUAGUUUACAGAGACUUAAAACCUGAAAAUAUAUUACUAGACAAAGAAGGACAUAUCAAGCUUACUGACUUUGGAUUUGCAAAAAAACUGGUGGACAGAACGUGGACUCUCUGUGGCACUCCUGAGUACCUUGCACCAGAAGUUAUACAAAGUAAAGGCCAUGGAAGAGCCGUGGAUUGGUGGGCCCUAGGAAUUCUUAUAUUUGAGAUGUUGUCAGGGUUUCCUCCAUUUUUUGAUGACAAUCCAUUUGGUAUAUAUCAGAAGAUUCUUGCUGGCAAAAUAGAUUUCCCGAGGCAUUUGGAUUUAUAUGUAAAAGACCUUAUUAAGAAGCUGCUUGUGGUUGACAGAACAAGACGACUAGGAAAUAUGAAGAAUGGAGCAGAUGAUGUGAAGAGACAUCGAUGGUUCAGGUCUAUAGACUGGGAUGCUGUACCUCAAAGGAGACUAAAGCCUCCCAUAGUGCCCAAAGUAUCCAAUGAUGGGGAUACUUCCAAUUUUGAAGCUUAUCCUGAAGAUGACUGGAACAAGACACCUCCGGUACCUCCUAAAGAUCUAGAAAUAUUCAAGAACUUCUGAGUGUAACAUCUACACUCAACAAGAAACUGGAAGGAAAUUGAAGUGCUAAGAGCAAGUCUGAAGAAUGAUGGAGUUCAAAUAUAAAGGAAGAUUUUCUUUGUGGCUAAGAAUGAUACUGCAUUCAGAUGUGUGUAUUAGUAAAUGUCUAAAAAGAUGGAGGCAGGCAGGAAUAAUUUUUUGCUGUAAACAUUUGACUUUAGUUUAUUAAACUGUAAUAAUGAUAGUCUGCUCUGAAGUAGACUAACUAAAAUGAUAUUUUUAGGAUUAUUUUUUUUAACUUAUGGUUGAAUUAAGUUUCCUGCUAUUCCCAGAUCCUUUUUGCAUAGUUAACUCAUAGACUUAAUUUUAUAAGUUUAUACUAAAGUUGUGUAAUUAAAAGCACAAAUUAGUAUAUAUGUAUAUAAUGGAUACAGUACAACUAAAGCACAGGAAUUGUGCAAAGAUGUAAAUUUUUGUACUUUGCAGAGUCUAUGAUUUUUAUUUUUCAAAUAAUGUUUUUCAAGAAGUUCUUUAGGAAUAAAGUCUUAAAAAAGGAUAAAUGAGUUUUUCAUCAUCUUAUAUACAUUUUAUAAUUCUUUGUAAAAAACAGAAAUAAUUACGUUUUAAAAAGAUUUGUACCUAAAAUUUCCAAUGCCUCACACUUACAACCAUAGUACUUGAAAGCAGAAAGACCAGGGCAUGUUUUAUUGUUGUUCAAGAUGUAUCUUAAUGGCUAAUUUAUGAAGUUCUGUUACAAUUAUGUCUUUUUGAAAACCAAGUUUUGUGUGAUUAUAUACUGUCUGAAAUGAGAUUCCUCACAUUAAAACUCACUGCAAACAUGCAAGUCAGUCUAUCCUGAUAAAAGGGCUUUAACUGGCUCUGACAGGAGUUUUUCCCUCACAAGCUUGUCUUCUUCAAAUGCAAAGCAUGAGCCAUAACAGAUCUUUUUCAUUAGUGAAAUUGUUGUUGAAUGCUGAAUUCUGAAUGCUUCAGAAUAUCAGAGGGAAGACUGAAUAUAUAGUGCAGCCUUAUUUUUCUGCUCCUCCUUUUUUGAAAAUGUCCUAGUCCCUGCUGCCAGCAAUUUCAUAUGUACAGAGUUCAAACCUUAGAUGCACAGUCUUUUUUUUUCAUCCUGUGUUAACAUCUUUCUAGCAGCUUGAGCACACUUUUUUGGAAGUAUUUGCAAUAUUGCUUAAUUUUAAGUAGCACUAAAUAUCAGUACGUGCAUAAAUAUAUAUCUUUAUAUAUGAAUGCACAGAAAAUUGAAUACUAGGCAGAAUCUCUUUUGGUAGGGGCUUUUUUCAUGUUACAUAUUGUGAUACUUGUCUUAAUAUAAAGGAGGUGAGUUUGAAGUGCUUCAAUUACAAAAGAACACAAUGACAUUUUUUAGGAUGUUGUUGGUUUAGAUAACUUCUAGUGAAAUUACCAUAUUUAGACCCUUUUUUUUCCCCUCAGAACAUAUCAGCUCGCUGGAGUUCUGCUACUAUAACUUAUAGCUCUACAUAAUACUGUUUAAUUAGAUCAUACAGACAGUUUUUCCCAAAAAAUUACUCUCCACAUUUUUGAUCUGAAAGUGAUAAGAAAUGUAGGCCAAGGACUUGUUUUUCUAAACUAAAUCCUGUAAUUGCUACUGAAAUUACCAUAUUUAUGAUUUUGUGGCAGAUCUCUUACUGUAGUCUCCUUGUGGAAAAGCGAUCUCAAUUUUUUUUGUUUAAAUAGUACAGAAGUGCUAUCGAGAACCUGUAACUUCUUGGAUAUUAGAUUAUUUCUUCAUAAAGCAAGUCUUACUAAAAGAGAUUGUGCAUUUUUGACAAGAGUUAUACAAUGGGUAAUAAAAUCAGGAUAUUUCAAAAUGAUAAUUAUGGAAUAUCACAAGGCUGUCUUGAUGUUAUGCAAGUUGAUGGCCCCAGCUGCCACUCACUGAAUAUUGUGUAGGAACGUAUAAUGAAAGACAGAACAAUCCAUAGGAAAUAACAGUUUUAACCUAGUGUAAGUUCCUUAUUCUCUUGGAAAAAUGAACCUGGCCAACUAUAUUUGUAUCUGUGGAAUUAAUUAUUCUAAAUCAAUUGGAAAAACUGAAACACAUAAAACACAGCUUACUUUGUGUAAGGGGGAGCAAGCAGUUGGUGAGUUUUCUUAAUGUGUAAGUGUUUGGUAUUUUAUGGACUCUGAAUACUACAUACAUCAAUUUCUUAUUUGAAAAUUUACAUACUGCAAGAAAGUGUGCUAAACAUAGGAUUUUUCUUCAAAUUUCCAAGCUGCUCUGUGUUUGAAUCUUCAGAUCUGAGGUAAUGAAGUCGAAAUUAAGUAAUUUGCCGCAGUGGCAGUGAGAAGUUUUGAAUGCUUGAACAACAGGAGAUAGUGAAUCUUCUUUUUAUGACUCUUAUCCAUUGCUGGCAGUGGAUGCACUGACACUCAUUAUGAUGGAGACUAAGGAAGUGAAUACAAUGUUAUUAAUAAUGAUAAUCCAUUGACUUUACAUUGUUUCCGAGCCAUGUGUACAUACAGCUAACUACUGACCUUGUCAGCAUGCUUUCUAGUACAAAACUGCUUUCAAUUUUUUUAAAUUAAAAUACUGAAGUAAAAAAUAAAGCCAAAACAUUUUGAAGCAUUAUUUUAAGAGAUCAGUUAUUUUCUCUACAGUCCUGGACUUAAUGAGGUGUUAUUACCUGGCUGUUUUAUUUAUUUGCACAAAUGAGUCUGCUUUAAGUCUUUACUGGGACUUCAUGGCCCGCUAAU